AUGUUUGUUGAAUGUAGCUCAGAUUUUGAUGUAGGCCCUCACGAUGUAAGUGUUGAUAUUAUGGUGAGUCACGAGAUGGAUCUUGAUUCUUCCUUCAUCUUAACAUUCGUCUUCAUUCAAUCCCAUCACCCUUCCCCUACGUCCAUUAUCUUUCUUCCCAGCAUGGCUAGUACUCGAUCCGGUCGAACUCGAGGUCCCCCUUCUGGUACUGGAGCAGCUUCCAUGUACUCAACCAGAGCUAAACGUUCAGGCCGAGUCCUUGCAUCACCUACCAGGAAGUCCACCUCGACCAAAGCGCGCUCAACCAAAACUACCAUGACUAAAUCAAAUUAUUCUACAAACCAAGCAAAUGAACUAUCAAUCAACGAGUUCUUACCUUCAACCUCCAACAACCAGCCAACUCCUGACCCCCCCGUUUUAUGGUCUCCAACGUUGGCUGAGCCUUCUGCUGCUCUUCCACAGUCUCAAACUUCAUUCGAUAUCUCUCAAAUCAAUGCAACUAUAUCUCGAACCAAUGCCACUUUGUCACCACCCAUUCACAAUGCUCGCAGCAUACCUUCAGACUCCAACAACCAGCUAACUACUAACCCUUCCAUUUUACGCGACGAAGAGCUUGGCAACUUAUUCAACCCGGGUGCUAUGUCUGAUUCAGAUCUGUCUCUAGAAGAAGACUCGAGACCUUCUAAACGCCAACUUUCCCAAAGGAACACUGAUCAAGCACCACCGGCCUCUAAACAUUCUCGCCAAGUGCCUCAAAACGAAUCUCAAGCUCAACUUCAAGGUGUUGAUUCUCAAGAUAUCAGUUCAUCUAUCAACAGGAAUGCACCUCUUCCUCAAAGUUCAUCAAGCUCACGUGCUACCGACCUUCCAACACUCUUGAAUUAUCAGGCGGUGUGUAAUGAGUGGUCGAUGACCAGGAUUUCAGCAGUCAAGCAGACUAGCUCAGCUGUGCCACAAAAUAUCCAAGAGGAGGCUAAAGCGCUCAAACAGCUGUAUCAUCAUCACAAAGAGAUGCUCGCGAUGAUGGGAAAUGUCACCUUGUUUACAUUGGACAAAGCGAUUCAUACUAUUUCACAACAUUCUUAA